AUGGCGGUCCACGGUGUUGCCCCAGUCGCAGUGGGCGUGAUGGUCGCAACCUCUGUGCUUUUCGUUCUCGCCAGCAUCUCCAUUGUAUUGCGAUUCGUUGCCCGCAGGCGGACCAACGGGACUGGUAUAGAUGACUGGACCGCCCUCUCCGCUUACAUAUUCCUGCUCGCGGUGUCCAUUUGUCAUUACCUCAUUACCGCUCCGUACGGCUACGCGGGUCAGCCACAGUCCGAGUUCAGCGUGCAGCAAAUGAGGCAGUUUUUGAUGGUGUUGUACGCUGACAACAUUUGCUACACGUGUUGUACGGUCACCGUCAAGCUCUCUAUCCUCUUGCUAUUGAGGCGCAUAUUCACCACCCGCCCUUUCCGAAUCACCACCAUCGUAUUCGCCGGAAUUUUGAUCGUGUGGUGGAUUACGGUGCUGUGCUUCCAGAUUUUCUCAUGCAAGCCUGUCCACAGCUUCUGGGAUUUUACUCUUCAGGAGUCAUGCAUCGAUACCACCAAAUUCUACAACGGUGUCGCGAUCUCGAACAUCAUCUUUGACUUUGCUCUCCUCAUCUUGCCUCUGCCAAUGGUCUGGCAACUUCAGAUGAGCAUACGAAGGAAGUUCCAGGUUUCCUUCAUCUUUGUUCUAGGAGGCUUCACCGUCAUCUGUAGCAUUCUUCGCACCCACGCACUUGGAACUUUGGACGUGGCGAACACAACAGGGACUAUCACUGGCGUUGGUAUGUGGACCAUCAUCGAGUGCGGCGUGGGUGUCAUCUGCUCCUGCUUGCCACCGACGGCAGUACUGUUCAGGUCGCUGCAAGACAAAGUCCGGAGCACGGUGCGAACGCACAAAACAAAUGACAGCGUCAAGCUUCUGGAUAUGGGGAUCGGGAGCUCGGGAUCGAAACUGGAGCAGCAUGCGCCACCGGGUAGUCAGUAUUCUGUCAUAUAG